AUGUCCUUUCUAGACCACUCUAGUUCGUUCAACGGUGCUUCCCAGUUCACUUUUGUGACGGAGAAUAGUCAAUCCGAAGCUCGAAGUCAUGCUAUGCGCGAGUACUGGAAACAGCGACAUAGACGCCAGCAGCAGACAAAAUCUGGUCAUAGGCAAGUAUCUCGGGCAAUUCUUCCUCGCCAUAGACCGAACGGACAAACAACCAAUCACCAAGACAACUUGACAGAUGAUUUCUCUAAGUGGCGGCAGAAUCAUUCGAAUGAUGACAAGGGUAAUGAUUCCAAUGUUGCAGAGCAGCUUUUGAGCAGUGUGAGCCGUGCCUUGUUUAAUUCGAGACCUGAUCCAUUCCAAACGUGCCCCGUCUAUCUCACGAGUCAACACCAGAAACUUUUACACCAUUGGAUAUGCACCCAUGCAGCUAUGAUGUUCGAGGAUCUAAGUGCGAUGGGGUUCAAUCCAAUGAGAGACGUUUGGUUUCCUCUAGACUUAUCUAAUGCUUCAUCUUUCAAUUGCAUCAUGGCUCAUUCUGCAGCCCACCUAGCUCACCUCUAUGUUGGGUCGCCCCCACGGCGAGGUACAAAGUCAUCCAAUGCUUUGAAAUAUAAAGCGGAGGCAGUAAGAAUACUGCGUUCUUGGAUAGCUAAUUCUGAAAAAGAGCUAGACGAUGAUGCUUUUGCUGCCGUCAUUCGCCUUCUUACAUUCGAGAGAUAUUGGGGAACUGAUAAAGAAUGGAAGAUCCACCGAGAUGGCUUGCAAAGAAUGAUUGAGGCCCGAGGCGGCGUGGGGAAAAUUUGUGACAAUUGGCGGCUCCAACUUGUUGUCUAUCUGUGGGUUGUGUUUGUUAUCUCUGAGUUUUGCUAG